GUUACUUGGCGUUACAGUGCGUUAGUUCGAGGUGCGCGAGAAGAAUCAAAACGUAGAGGACCGUGGCGACACUCUCGACGCGGAUGAGGCCGUGCCGCUUGCGCGAGACGCGUCGACUUCCUCCUCGAGCUCGGCACUGCCGGAACCCCGUCGUUCCCCCACGCCGACGUUAAUACCUACGCGCACACUGACCUAGAAACGCUAAACUUCACGGGACGUCAUCGUCGUUUCUUUUCCCCGGCAGCUGACAGGCCCGCGAUCACAAUGCAAGCGGAGAAGAACGAUGCUUCGAUGGCACCUGUCACCAACGAAGUAACGAACCUGAAGAUCGAGGAUACCUCGACGAGCCCAACGCCGAGUAGUCCAGGUGAUUCGGGCAGCUUUCUAACAAGCUUCAAAGCGUUCUCCAAGUUCGGUGAUCCGAAGAGUGACGGCAAACUGAUUACCUUAAGUCAAAGCGACAAGUGGAUGAAGCAGGCAAAAGUGAUCGACGGAAAGAAGAUUACCACCACGGAUACGGGCAUUUACUUCAAGAAGCAGAAAUCUGUGAAACUUAAUCUUGAACAGUACAAAGCGUUCCUCGAUGAACUGGCCAAAGGUAAGAAGGUGGAAUUAGCGGAAAUAAAGAAGAAGAUGGCUAAUUGCGGUCCACCUGGAUUCACCGGCUCCAGCUCAGCGGCCGGGAAGGCAGCGUCAACGGUCGAUAGGCUGACCGAUGUCAGCAAAUAUACCGGUUCCCACAAGCAACGCUUCGACGAGGCAGGAAAGGGUAAAGGCAUAGCCGGUCGCAAAGAUGUAGCAGACACAUCCGGAUACGUUCAAGGCUACCAGAAUAAAGACACGUACAGCAAAGCGCACUAGUGGUAGUCGUCCGAAUGUUCUAACGAUAGGUACCCUUACUGUUACACGUUGUGUAAUCCAGCAGCAUGCGCAUUUCAAAUCUUCGCUGCUCAUCGUGGCGGCCUGAAUUUUUCUAUCGUAUCGUACGCGGCCCGACGUCUUGAGCACAUCCGAUUGACGAAAAUUUAUCAUCCUUGACAUAUUGAGAUAGCAAUAUCGCGCGUGAUCAGUGACUUUUGUCGAUGACACGUUCGCGGCAAUCAUUUUCUUUUGAUAUUUUCGCUCCUAGGACUUACAUUGUUUUUUGCAAGAUAAUAUUUGACUUUCGUGAUAACUGACUUAUUUCAUUGGUUCACUUCAUCUAUUGCUAUCUACGUAUAUAUAGAUUCUCUAAGUAUUUUCGUAGUUUUCUGUUCAGCUUUGUUUGUUGAUUAUUAGAAGCGAUGUUAUUUUUUGAUUUUUAUAUAUAACAUAUUUUUAUUUAUUUUGUUGUGAGAUCUUUGAGAGGAGGAGAGAAAAGAUAACUUUAACAUAUGUAAAAUUAAGUACCUAAUCUACUUAUAAAAUCCACGUAAAUAUUACACUAUAUAUACUUGUAAUAUAUAUAUUUUUGUUCUAUAUUACAUCGAAAAUUGAUUUUGCGAAACUUGCACUGUACGAUGAAACGAAUACAAUCAUUUCCAAUGCAAGACAUUGUUUAUCGUUAGAAUUGCAUGAAAUGGAAAACAUAUGAUUUCGUUGUACAAGUGUCUCAGAAUAAACGCGCAUAAACAAACGUAAAAUGUACACUUGCCAGUCUUAAAUAGCUCUCAUGUAAAAGCUUGUUUGGAUAUAAUUUUAUUAAAGGAAAAAGUCGCUUCUCGUGGUACAAAGAAUGAUUCCGUAUGCGUUUAUUCUAAGACACCUCUAUAUGAACUUUGCACAAUUUGCAAUCAACAGUUUUUGAGUUUUAAGACGACGUAUACAAUUUUUGUACAUAAAGCGCGAAAAUCGCUUUAACCGAACUAGUUACGUUGAAUCCUCAAGUACAUUUUUACUGGUUACCUGCUUACUCGUGUAGAGAAUAACAUAUUUAUAUUUCAAAGAGAUAUAAUAGACGUUAGCAUGCGAAUAUCACUCUGCCACAUAUAAGAUAAUAUCGAAAAUAUUAUAAUAGUAUUGUGUAAGUGAUGGUAAAAUAUUAUAAUAGUAUUGUGUAAGUGAUGGUAAAAAAAAGUAUUUAACGUAUAAUUGGACAAAUUAUUUUCUAUUAUGCACAUGUCCAAAAUAAUAUUUUUCUGCAUUAAAAAUGAAUGCCCACAAACAGCAGCUGGUACAUCGUUCGCUAACAAUGCUUCGAAUACACGGCAUGUACUCGUAUGUAUGUCAAGUAUCACAGCGUCGUUAUUUUCAAAUGAUGCACGUGUACAUUAAACAUAAUAUCUAUACGUAAUUAAAUAUGAAGUGUACUUACUGUAAUUUUAACUGGCUGGCGUAUUCGCGUCUGGCACGUUUGAGACCAAUUUCGUAUUUCAGUGUUACAAGUAUUCCAAUAGAAAUCGGCACACUCGAUUAUAUUUGAAAAAUUUCAAAAUUUAUUUGAAAAAUUGUCUUUGUAUUAUGCGAGUUCAGUAUCUUACAAGUUAAUAUUGCAGAAUAAUAAUUUUGGACUCACGAUGGUGAUGGCAAAUUUUCUAAUUUUAUAUAGUUUGUUUUAUGUUUUAUAUAAAUAACUUGAAGAAAAGGCAUUUUCUUGAAUACGGCCGUGUGUUUAACUAAUAACUUGGAUAUACGAUGUAUUAACGAUAUCUAAAAAUGUAUGUAUGUAAUCGUCUAAUCAAGAUAUGAAAUAAGUAAAAAGAGAUCCAUCU